AUGGAGGUUCUCUCCGGUGUAUCGAGCGGUUUUGCCGUCGUAUCAUUGGCACUACAGCUUGCCGAAAAGGUCACCAAAAUCCACGACUUUUGGCGCUCCGUGAGAGACGCCCCCGACGAGCUGGGAUCCAUCGCCGCGGAACUCGAGUUCCUCGAGAGGGUGUACAUCGGCAUUGCCCACAACGCACAGCGAGAAACGAUCGACCCGAUCCUCACGAAAGCCUUGGAAGACGGCCAGCAGGAAGUGACGCGAUUCGAGGCGCUGGUCAGCCCUUUGCGCAAACGAUGCGAAACCGAAAGCAGAAUCAAACGAAAAUGGGCUUCUCUUGUCGCGGGUGUAUGGAGGAAAGAGGAAGUCGCCGAGUUUCGUAAUUCAAUCUCGCGUACGAAGAGUACGCUGCUCAUGGCCUUGCAGGCUUCCGCUCGACACCAAUCGGUAUCGGACUCUGCAAACCAGACACGUAUGUUGGCCACGCUGGCAGAUAACUCGACUUCUUUGGGAACGGGCCAGAGAGACAUUGAGGUCGCCAUUGGCGACCUGAGCCAAAAAACAGGGUUCUUGUCCUUGGAGUUGACAUCCCACUUCUCUUCGCUAUCAAGCCAAUCUUCCGAUAUCAGAUACAUCAAGGAGCAGCUCGCUGGCAUGGAAUCCCUGAUCGCCCGUAUGGCACGGGGGUUCCCUGAAGCUGUACGCGUCCAGCUCGUGGACGAUAUGAACCAUGAAGUUCAAGAGUUAUCGAAGGACGGACUUUUCAGCAGAAAUGCUAGCUCUACAGAUUCUCUUCCCUUGAGCGGGGUGAAUAGAUCCGAUAGCAAUACGCUCGAAGCAUUCACACAAAGCGAAGUUGAUCGAAGGGAGAAUACUUCAAGCAUUGCCUACCGAGCCCUAUCUCGCCAUCACUGCAGGAAAACAGUAUUUGGAACAUUCAACAUCCGACUGAGGAUGUCAGCGAUGUAUCAAAGUGCAAAUCCACAAGCGGACAGAACAUCAUACACGAUCUCGUUCCAUCCAGCGCACUGGUUGAUUUGGUGUGGGGUUCGAUACGGAAUCGAACUGUCACUGCUUCAAUCCAUGAGUGGGUGGACACGCAGACUAGAGCCUCUUCGCAUGGUUAGCCGCGAUGCCGUCGUAUUCGAACUCUGUCGGGAUGGUAAUAUCGGCGCGGUUCGCACUCUCAUCGCCAAAGGAGAGGCUUCAGCGCGAGAUACAGCUCCCCAUGGGUUCACGCCACUUAUUAUGGCCGCUUACUACGGACGUUUUGAGCUGUGUGAGUAUCUCAUCUCAGCAGGCGCUGAGACAUAUGUGAAUUCUGCAAGGCCAAUUAGUUUGCCGCUCAUUUACUACUUAAUCGGCGUGUCCUACCUGCGCACAUGCAUCGACCUCAAAUUCUUUAGGCUUUUCGAUGAUUACUUGGAGGGUAUUCUCGAGAUCAACUUCCACAUCGACUUCCUUAUUGGCACGUUGUUUCAGUAUUCGCUGAGGAGAACCACGACAUUUGCAGUUUCAGACCUUUUCUGUGACUCUCUUUGCGAACUGCUUCGCCAGUAUCGGGUUACAUUCCGACAAAUUCUACAACAUUCGGAUGACUCAAUGCGACAAUGUAUCUUAAACUUCAGCGCGCGAUGCUCAUUUGGGGCGUUUCAAGAUAUCCUCAGCCUGGACGAAACCCUCAUUGAGACAAUGAGUGACACAUCAUCCAUUUUGCAUUUCCUGGCAGAAAGCGAGUGGGAUGAGUCAGAGUUGACCGCAAGGCUCCUGUUUCUGCGCAAUCGAGGUGUCGACCUUUUAUCCGUCUCUGAAAAAUAUCAUGCCCCCUUGUUGAGAGCAGUCCGCAACCCUAACUGGUUGAGGACUUGGGUUGCAUCAUUACGCAACUGCGGCAAGAGUUUUCAAGAGAUCGGGGUUGCCGUUCAUUGGGACGCAUUCCAGGCUCUUCUCGUAGGAAGCCGAUACCGAAACUUGUGUCCAUCUCAAGAGCACGAGUGUGGUUUCGGGUCGAACAGCAUCCUUCAUGACGCGGUUGAGAUUGAAUAUUUGAACAUGGAAGGUGGGGCCGAGGCAGACGACGAAUACCAGGACACAAAUGAUGAGGACUGGGAAACAGAGUACGAGGAUGGGCAAUCAGACGAUGAAGAUGAAUGGAAACCAGGCGAAUGGAUAUGUUGGGAAUGUUACGAACGUUGUCGAGAUUCCAAGAGCGAAGUUGCGGAGGACACGGAGCUGAAGAUACCGGGCUCUUUUGUUGAUUGA